GCUAUGCCUGCGGCGGUUGGGUCAAAGCCAACCCCCUCCCUGAUGGCCACUCACGCUGGGGCACCUUCAACAACCUCUGGGAGCACAACCAGGCUGUCAUGAAGCACCUGCUGGGCGCUGGGGUGGUUAUCUGUGAGCAGAGCUGCCUUCUGGGGACGGCUCUGUCCCAGCUCUUCCUGCAGCAAUCUGAAGGCAGUGGGCCCCCGGCCAGCAGCUGCGCUCGGCAUUUCCUCGCAUUCCUCGGAGCCAAGGGACCAGGCACAAAAACCCACACAUCUGGGGAGCCAGAGGUGCAGGCUGUGUUGUGAGGAGAGGAAAAACCCCAAGGAAGCAGGGUUUUAGGGAAAGAAAAUAAAAGAUAGCUUUGGAGGCGGAGGAGAAAAAUGGGUUUAUUGUUCUUUCUUGUAGAAAUAAAUAACGCAGCCCGGGGAGCAAGCUGGGACUGCCAGCACAGGGGCAAGGGCAGCGCGGGGGGCUGGGAUGCUGGGAACGGCGGAGUGCUGGAAAAAUACUUGUUGUUUUUCUUUCUUUAUCUCUCUCUUACAAAGAACUGGAGCUGCUGGAGAGGGGGCAGGGGCUGGGCUGGGGCCGUGGGACGUGCCAGGGGCACACGGAGUGAUCCGUAGUGUCCUUUUGGAGCCGUUGUCCAAACUGAGCAUUUGGCGGAGGGUUAGGGGCUCUGCAGCCCCCCCCGAUGCCACGUGCCCCCACAAGCCAUCCUGGGUGCAUCCUGCAGAGAACACCACGGCCAACGUGUCGAGCGAGGCGGAGCGCAAGGCGCAGCGCUACUACCAGGCCUGCAUGAACGAGAGCAAGAUCGAGGAGCUGCGCGCCGCCCCGCUGAUGGAGCUCAUCGCCAAGCUGGGAGGAUGGAACAUCACCGGGCCCUGGGCCGGGGGGGACAACUUCAACGCGACGCUGCGGGAGGUGACGGCGCAUUACCGCAUCUCACCCUUCUUCUCCGUCUACGUCAGCGCCGACUCCAAGAACUCCAACAGCAACGUCAUCCAGGUGGACCAGUCGGGGCUGGGGCUGCCGUCACGGGACUACUACCUGAACAAGACAGAGAAUGAGAAGGUGCUGGCUGGGUACCUGAACUACAUGGUGCAGCUGGGCAUGUUUCUGGGCGGCACCGACGAAGAGUCAACACGGCAACAAAUGCAGCAGAUCUUGGAGUUUGAGACAGCACUGGCCAACAUCACCAUCCCACAGGAGAAACAUCGGGAUGAGGAGGUCAUCUACCACAAGAUGACAGCUGGAGAGCUGAAGGAUCUGGCACCGGCUGUGGACUGGAUGCCCUUCCUCUCCACGGUCUUCUAUCCUGUGGAACUCAAUGAGUCAGAGCCCGUCGUGGUCUAUGCCAAGGAGUACCUGGAGCAGGUCUCCGAUCUCAUCCUGGCCACUGAUAAAUGCCUCCUCAACAACUACAUGAUCUGGAACCUGGUGCGUAAAACCAGCCCCUUCCUUGACCAGCGCUUCCAGGAUGCUGAGGAGAAGUUCAUGGAAGUGAUGUAUGGGACGAAGAAGACCUGCCUGCCGCGCUGGAAGUUCUGCAUCAGCGACACAGACAACAACCUGGGCUUUGCCUUGGGGGCCAUGUUUGUCAAGGCUACCUUCGCCGAGGACAGCAAGCAGGUGGCAGAGGAAAUGAUUGCAGAGAUUAAAACAGCCUUCGAGGAAAGCAUGGAGACCCUGCAGUGGAUGGACGAGGAGACGAGGAAGUCGGCCAAAGAGAAGGCGGAUGCCAUCUACAACAUGAUCAGCUACCCGAAGUUCAUCCUGGACCCCAAGGAGCUGGACAAAGUCUUUAACGAUAUGGAGCAAAUGAGGAGAAGAGAGAGGAGGAAGAAGAGUUAAAUUUUAAUGAAGACAUUGUUUGCCCACAUGCUCUGCCCAGGGCCCUGAUUAACAUCCGGACGGCAGUGCAGACGGUGCUGGCAGGCACGGAGGUGGAGUUGGAGUGCCUAGGGCUCGGCGAACCACAGCCACACGUCACCUGGA